AUGGCAACUUAUGUACGAAGAAAAGCCAUCAGCAUAGACAGCAUAGAUAAAAAUGAAAAAAAACGGGAACAUGAAGUUAACAGUCCUGAAGUUAUUACACCCAUUCCUGUUAGACCUACUAUAUCUCAAUUAAUUGAUAUUCGACCAAGAGUUUCACCUCGUAAUGUCCGUAGUUUUGCAAAAGUAAAAAAACCUAAAUUUGACAAUCCAGACAAUAUCUCAGUUAAUGAUGAUAACAAUUGUGAUAACAGUCACUCUGUAGUCAAGAACUGCUCUUCUACGGUCAAUAACAGUCAACACAUAGAAAAAAAUGCCGGUAAUACCACUCACCAGGAUACGGACGAAUCACUUGCAAAGUUCAAUGAAACGAGUUCUCCUCAAGAAAUAACUCGAGUAACAUUAACAAGCUUUGUUAAAGUUGGUGGAAACAAAGAUAAUCCUCUGACUACACAUGACAUUACUACACCUGAUCCUACACAAGAUACCACACAUGAUGCAACGGAUAACAAAAAACACGAUCUUAAACGUCAUAUUAACGGUAUUCAUAACGAACAAAGGGAAUUUUUAUGCCCUCAAUGUAAUAAAAAUUUUUCUAGAAAGGAUGCGUGGAAAAGGCAUGAAUUAACUUGUAGUUCCGUAGAAGAAACAAAGGAUGCUGAAAAAAGGAAGAAUAUUACAAAAUCGUUACCUCAAUUAUUACCUACUCCAUUCACUAAUAAUUCAGAUCAUCCUCCACCACUAACUAAACGUAGAGGACGACCAAGAAAAUUCGUAACUAACAAUGAUGCUGAUUUAAUUGAUUCUACGAAAGAAGUUGCAGCUGAAUUUGAAAAAAGGGGUAGACCAAAAAAAAUACCUAAAAUUGAAACCUCAUCGAUUGAAUCCACCGAAGAAGCUAAAGUCGAAAAGAGAGAAGGACCAACAAAUGAUUCAUCAUCAGUAGAACACUACGCGAUGUCCGAAGAAAUGACUGAAGAAACUUUUGAAGACAAAAGUAUCGAAAGAAGGAUACUAAUUUGUUUUUAG